UAUCACGUACCUGGAGAUGGAGGCCAAUGGAGAGAGGGCUUCCCUUGUGGCUAAAUUCCGGACUCCUCUCAAAGUUGCACAGGUCGCCUGUAGGAGUGCUGGUUGGUGAUCCACUCAGGAGCACAGCUGGUGCACGGGGAUAGGUCUGCAGACUGGUGCAUGGUAUGCAAGCCUUCCGGGAUUUGGAUGUUUGCUGGUUAGUCAGUUCGAGCCAAGGUCAGGUACCGGGUGGUGGGAUAGCUGAGGUCAUACAUGGAGGAGCGAGAGAGUAUCCUUUAGCCAAGCCGAGGUCA